AUGGCUUACAACAACCAGAACAAUAACCAGGACUAUGGCUCCUACAAUCCUUAUGGCCAAGGUGGCAACCCCUACGCUCAGCAAGACAAUCACAAUCCAGCAUAUGGUGGCAGGCCUCAACCACAAGAAGACAACAGCUACUACGCUGACGAAGAGCAACGUGGUGGAUAUGAAAUGCGAAAUGUGAACGGAGCAGACCCAAACCGCGUCCUCAAUGAAUGCCGAGCGGUUGAUCAAGCCAUUGACGAGAUCGAGGCCGACCUACAGCGCCUACGAGGCCUACAAUCUCGAUAUCUUGCCGAUACAAACACAUCUGCUCAAUCACCUCUUCGAAUUGAAGUCGAUCGGACUGGAGACAGCAUCAUGACCAAAUACCGCGGCUUGGUCACCCGCGUCAAGAGCAUCAAGUCUCAACCAGAAUCGGGCAACCCCCGCAAUGCUCCUCAGGUCGGCAAAGUUGACCGCAGACUCAAGACUGCCAUCAAUCAAUACCAGCAAGUUGAACGAGAGUUCCGAAAGGCCUCUCAAGAGCAGAUGGCCCGCCAGUACAGAAUCGUCCGCCCAGAUGCUUCGGACGCCGAAGUCCGUGAAGCUGUUGAAGACCCGAACAACCAACAAAUCUUUAGCUCUGCAUUAAUCCAGAGUGAUCGUCGUGGCGAAGCGCAGACUGUUGCCAGAAACGUGUCUCAACGUCACGAGGACAUUCAGAAGAUCGAAAAACAGAUGAUCGAACUCGCACAACUGUUCCAGGAUCUCGAGACAUUGGUAGUGCAACAAGAACCAGCAGUCACGCAAAUCGAGCAAAGAGGAGAGGAAGUUACCGAACAUGUCGCCAAAGCAAAUGUUGAGCUUGGAGGUGCCGUCGACAAGGCACGAGCUGCGCGAAGAAAGAAGUGGUGGUGCUUGGGUAUUGUUGGUGAGUCUAUUUUCGUCCUAUAUAUGCACAUGUACUAA